AGGAAAUAAGGGAUGCUCACUACAGAGCGGAAGUAAAGCGAGUUUAGCUUUUCUGAUUUUACGUUGUGAGGGUUUGCCGAGGCGGGAGAGUUUGGCGAAGUAUGGCUACCUCUUCUAGUAUUGAUGUGGACGCCACUCAACACCUAAGAGACAUUUUAAAGCUGGAUCGCCCGGGGGAUCCUUUUGCUGACAACCAAAAAAAAACAUGCUCUUUUAAUGGAAAUAUGAAUGGUUUUCUUGCAAGUGAUCAGGCUGGACCUGUAACUGCAGAAACUGCUGACACCGCAUUGCAGGACCCAGGUCUCCGAACUUCUGGCAUGGUGCCCUUCUCCAACAAACAAGUAAUCUUCUUAUCUGGAGAUGAUUCUUCUACAUCCAUUGAGAUUACAGAAAGAGAUGUUGAAAUAGUGGCUAGCAAUGACUCCAAUAUUUGCAGUAAAGCAAGGGGAAGUAAUAAGGUUAAAAUACAGCCUGUAGCAAAAUAUGAUUGGGAACAGAAGUACUACUAUGGCAGUCUUAUAGCAGUAUCUAAUGCUUACCUUGCAUAUGCCACUAGAGGUUCAAAUGGAUCAGCUAUGAUACGUGUCCUAAGUGUAACGACAGCUGACAGAAUACUGCUAAAAGGUAUCACAGGAAGUGUAACAGACUUGGCAUUUGCUCACCUGAACUCCAACCAGCUGGCAUGUCUGGAUGAAGCAGGAAAUCUUUUUGUGUGGCGACUUAAAAUGGAAGGUGGAAAGAUACAAGAUGAAAUUGUUGUUCACAUACAAGGAUCAGAACAGACACAGUUAAAUACUAACCGAAGAAUUAUUUGGUGUCCCUACAUUCCUGAAGAAAAUGAAGAGCUUCCAGCAGAAGAUGCUAGUCAGACUAUUGCCUUAUUGCAUGAAGAUAGGGCAGAGGUGUGGGACCUGGACAUUGUACAAGCAAAUCAUUCCUCAUGGCCUACAGACAUCGGUGAUAUCAAGGAGGGUUUUAUAGUUGUAAAAGGACAUUCUGGGCGCUUAAGUGAAGGUGCUCUCUCCCCUGAUGGGACAGUCUUGGCCACAGCUAGCCAUGAUGGCUUUGUGAAGUUUUGGCAGAUCUAUAUUGAGGGACUAGAUCAACCAAGAUGUCUCCAUGAGUGGAAACCUCACAGUGGAAGACCUGUGUCUUGCUUGCUAUUCUGUGACAACCACAAGAAACAAGACCCAGAUGUUCCAUUUUGGAGAUUCUUAAUCACUGGAGCGGAUCAGAACAGGGAGCUUAAGAUGUGGUGCACGGUUUCAUGGUCUUGUCUGCAGACUGUAUGUUUUUCUCCAGACCCAUAUAGCUCGAGUGUUUUGCCUGGGUUAAAAGUGUCACUGGAUUUGUCUGCAGAAUUCUUGAUUCUCACCGAUGUUCAGAGAAAAGUUUUAUAUGUGAUGGAGUUGCAGCAGAACCAGGAUGAUGGAAGGGCUGCUUUCACUUCAAUUUCUGAAUUUUUGUUGACUCAUCCAGUUUUGAGUUUUGGUAUCCAGGAUGUAUGUCGCCAUAUAAGACAUUCAGAAGUUAUCCCAUCAGAGGCAGAAACUGAUAACACUGGUGCAGAAGAGGCACUGGAUUCUGAUGAAGGGGAUGAUGCCACAGGUGUACUUAUAAAGCUAUUUUGUGUCCACACAAAGGCUUUGCAAGAUGUACAGAUCAGGUUUAAACCACAGCAGAACCCUGCUCUACUUGUAAAAGGCGCAAAUGAGGAUUUUGUUACACGAGACGAAAUGACAGACAUCAUGACAGAGAAGAGGCCACUUGGCCAGCCCUUACAUGGAUCACAAAGUGAUAUUCUUAGAAAUGCAACAGAUUUUCUUUUGCUUUCAAAUGACUCCAAGCCAAAGCUUAUGACUCCUGAUGCAUUCAUGACCCCUAGUGUCCAAACUUCACAGAUUGUUUCUUCUGCCGCAUCCAGUAUUGGCUCACUGACUUCCGUCACAGCCAUGAGUAGUGCCUCAGUCGACACAACCAUCUCCAGGCUUCCUGAUGAAAUUACACUAAGUCCAAAACUUCAGAUUGACAGUAGCAUUGCGUUAAGUAGCUCUCUGCAUAGUGGAAGUUUUCCAUCUUCUCCAAGAACCUCAUCUGUUCUUAUUCCAGGCCUUUCUGAGAAAGUAAUUCACAAACCAAUAGUACAGGUUACACCAUCAAGCAUUCCAUUAGAACUUCAAAAUUUAGAUAAUUCUUUGGCACCCCAUUCUUCACCUACUCGUGAAAGGUCCCCAGAUGUUAUCUCAAGUGCUUCCACUGCUGUGUCCCAAGAUAUUCCAGAGAUUGCCUCAGAGACCCUGCAAAGAAGUUACCCAGCACCUAUAUCAUUAAACCUGACCCCUGAUGAUACUGACAAAAAUCACGCUCCCAGCAUGAGCUCUGCAGCUUCUGCCCUACACCUUCUUUCAACCCGUAAUUGUAACAUAUCAGAGCAUGGACACAGAGUGUUAGAGACUGGAUCUUCUGCAGCUCAAGAUGAACUGAUUGGAGCCGAGCCUCUGGCUGAGAGAAGCCUUCAUGAUGAGGUAGAAGAAGUUAUAUCCCAGCCUUGGCCUGCAGCACCUGACAUAACAAGGGAGACCCGAAAUAAUUUAAAUGAAAGUGACCACGAUGAAGAAGUGGCUAGUUUGGCAACUGCUAUAGGCAGCUUUGGUGGUAAAGGUCAGAGUCCAAGGUUGCUUGUAAAGGAGUGGAAAAGCAGCAUAUCUCCAAAUUCAUCACCAAAGUCUUGCAUGAAAUCUGUUAAGGAUAACAAGCUCUUGACACAAACCUCAAAAGCUUCAGUGCAAAAGACCAGCUUCGAGCAGCAUGAAGAAUUAAUGGCUUUCCUAUAUAGCCAACAGAGGGAACUUUCUGAACUUCGGCAGAAUCAGCAGGAUCUCAUGCAAAGGCUGACUGAUCAUUUAGAUGCAACUCAGAGUUCCAUCAAAGGACAUGUGGAACGUGUCAUUGAUACACAGCAGGCUCAAGAACAAAGAAGAUUAGAUCGAAUCUUAAGUGAUGGACAGCAGCGAAAUGGUCAGCUACAAGAAUACCUCUCUCAGCAGCUCUCGCAUUCAAUUUCUGGCUCAAUUAACAAUCGCCUUGAUAAAACUAUACGGGAAGAAAUUAAAAAGACUGUUCCAUUAUGCAUUACUAAAACUCUGGAGCCAGUGACUGGGCAGCUUAGUAGCACAAUUGCAGCAAAAUUCACUUCACUGGAAGGAACAGUAAAGGAAAGUGUUGUCAAGAUUGUCAAAUCCAAGAAUAUUACUGAUGCCAUUGGUCGGGCAACUGCUGAUUCUCUUCAAAUACCAAUUCAGACUGCAUACCGAGAAGCUUUUCAGAGCAUUGUCCUUCCAGCUUUUGAGAAAGGGUGUCAGUCUAUGUUUCAGCAGAUAAAUGGCAGCUUCAGACAAGGGACUCAAGAAUAUAUGCAGCAGUUGGAGACUCAUCUUAAAAACAGAAAAGCAAAUGAACAAGAAACAUUUGAGCCUCUUUUUACACAACUUCAACAACUUAUAGAAUCACUUCAGGCAGCAACAGAACAACUGUCUACUAACUUGACCAGCAGUAUGAGGUCAGAAGUCCAGCAUCAGCUACAUGUUGCUGUGGGAAACAUGCAGGACUCUAUCUUAAACCAUGUCCAAAGGAUAAUAAAGGAAGAAGUAAACCAGGCAAUGAAAGAACAGCAAGCAGCCGUCACCUCAAGCAUUAUGCAUGCAAUGCGAUCUGCUGCUGGAACACCAAUACCAUCCUCCCAUUUUGACUUUCAAUCACAACAGACGCACAUAUUGCAACUUCUACAACAAGGUCACCUAAAUCAAGCUUUCCAGCAGGCUCUAACGGCUUCAGAUUUGAAUCUGAUUCUGUAUGUUUGUGAAACGGUGGAUUCCCAACAAGUAUUUGGACAGCAACCAUGUCCGCUUACCCAACCUGUCCUGUUAUCUCUCAUCCAGCAAUUGUCUUUUGAUCUUGGUACUCGUACUGAGCUGAAGCUAAACUAUUUAGAAGAAGCAGUGAUGCAUCUGGAUCACAGUGACCCUGUAACUCGAGAUCACAUGGGCAGCGUAAUGACUCAAGUGCGGCUGAAAUUGUUUCAGUUCUUACAAGUGGAGCCUCACAACUCUUUACAGAAGCCUGCUCGGCGACUAAUGAUUAUGUUACAAGGGUUGGUCACCCCAAAUAUGAGCUAGAUGCCAAUUCUGUUCUGACUUUCAACAUUACAUCACCUAACAGACUGCAAAAUUUGAGAUUUAUAAUAUGUUUAUGUAAACUGUCGAGUUCUUAAGAGUACCUAUAUUGAAAUGUUAAAGUGUAAGUCCACUUUUGGGUGACUUUAAAUAGUUACAUAGGUUUUGACUUGCACAUAAAGUCUGUGGCAAUUGUUCUGCCAGCAUGCGUGGCCAGAGCAGUGCAUUUUUAUUUCUGCUCUCUGCUAGGCUGCCAUAUUAAGCAAGUAGCUGAGUUGUUUUAUAUAUACAGACCUUAAGCCACCAGGCAUGUCUCACUAGUUGCAUACUUCUGGCAUCACAGCCACCAGCUUUUUGUCAGAGGAGACAGCAUUGCAUUGGCCAGGGCAAUUGCCAGAAACUUAAAGCAAAUGGUGGAUAAGCACUUUUUCUUGCAAGCCUGAAAAUAUGCAACUACCUUAAGCCCUCUGAAAGUAAACUUAUACUCAAAUAUUAUGUUUAGCCUGGGAAGAAAAAAAGCAAAAUUAUUUAUUUUGCUAAAGAAAGUGUUCCCUCAUAUGUUUGUACUCAUGACCCAUGCCAUGGCAUUAGGUGUAUGGUUUCUGCUUAAUGUUUGUGGGGAACUGACAUAGUCAAUGAAUCUUCUACUUCUCAAGAAUACUAAUCCUCAUUGGGGAAACGGUGUGACCCCUCUGAUAUAGCCCAGCAAGGCUGUUAACUUUAAAGUGAUUGUAAAGCUUUUCCUUUUCUUUUUUUUUAUAUAAAAAUAAUAAACAUGUUACACUCGCCUGCUCUAUGCAAUGGUCUUGCACAGAGCAGCCCUGAUCCUCUUCUUCUGGCAUCUCCCUUUUGGCUCUCCUGGCACCUCCUCUUUGUCGGAAAGCGGAUUUCUAUUGGGACACCCAUCUGGGCUCGUUCCUGAGCUGCUCUGUCUAUGGACACAGCUCAGCUUGCCCCUCAUCACAGAAUUAGGUUUGACAGCAGCGGGAGCCAAUGGCUCCCGCUGCUUUUAAUCUGCCCUGUAAAGAAAGAGCGGUGAGAGACACUUCUGAAAUUGCCUCAGGUAAGUAUUCAGGGGGGCUGAGGGGAUCCUGAUCAGAAAAGGAUUUUUACCUUAAUGCAUAGAAUGCAUUAAGGUAAAAAACCACAAGGCUUUAGAACCACUUGAAAUAACUUCAAAUUAGCAGUGUACAAUCUAAUUUGAUUUUUGCAUGUUAUCCACAUGUAAGCCUUUUUAGGUGAUCAAUCUGCUUAAAGUAUACUUUAACUUUUAGUGAAUUUGUCCCUUAUAUACCCCCAAUAGUGGUUUCCACAGAUAAAUAUCUGUAGUCUGUAUUUGCGCUACAAAUAGAAUACAAGCCCAACAAUAGAAAAAAAACUGGGACUUUGAAUGCAUGUGCACAGCAGGUGCAGGUUCCAGUGAGGGCUGUUGUGAAGAGAAAGCUGGGCAAAGGACAAGGUCAGGGACAGAGUUGUAGAUAUCCAUUUUCCCACAGGAAGUCCACUAUGUAAACGGGUUUCAAAAAAGACAACUUCACUAUAAAAUAAAUGCUCUUUAAGCAUGAAUUCCUAAUCAGGACUAUACCAUGUGCCUAUGUUGCUAAAUAUCGAUAAAGGAAAUUAUAUCUUUUUGUAAUACCAGCACAUCAAUAAAUGUCACGGUUUUCCGGGAAUAUCCUAUUUUGUAUAUCCUAAAUGGUGGAAUUUUAAGAUUGAGUUAUUUGUUAGUCAUUUUCCUUUUCAACUAUCCAAGCAAUAAAGCAGAAUUGUUUUAAGGGACGAAGAAAUCUGCAGUGUUAACUGUUCUUGUUUUUAUUUCAGUGCAAUUGGUAAAAUACAUGUGAGGGUGUAUGUAGUUAAUACGAACUUGUACAUGUUCUUUAUUUAUACACCAAAACAUUUGCUAAAAGAUAAAAAAAAAAAACACAUUUAACCACAGGCCAACAAAAAAUGCUUUGGUACAGUAAAUAUUGUUUUAAUAAUAAUUUGAGUGUCUUUUGUUAAAAUGUCAUAAUUUACAGCGGUCUUAUUUUUUCUGAUUAAAGCAUUUCACUUUAAACAUA